AACAACUUUUGAUUACGGUCAUUUCAUAUGAUACACGCCAAACAAGCUGUAUAAAAGAACGCCUUGCUUGCAAACCACCUGACUGAAAAAAGUCUCGAUGUCACCGCACCCUGACAAACAAGCAGCCGCGGCUCCAGAAAGAAUACCACGAUGCAUUCUAAGUAACAAAAUUUGGUUCAAAAUGUAACAAAUGAAAUCACCUGAAUUCUCCUUUCCCUUUCCAAACUCACUCUCUCACUAUCAGUAAAAUGGAAGAACAACAAGUCUCACACUUGAAAUCCUCGCAACGGCGAAACCCACCAAUUCGAACCUGGAUCCACCAUCAAAAUCGGUCGGGUCAUACGCGGCAACAACCUCCCCAUCAAAGAUCCAGGUAUUUCCACCAAACACCUCACUAUCCAUUUCGAUUCGUCCUGUAAUUGGAUUCUCACAUAUCUCGAUUCCUCAAACGGCACCGUUUUAGAUAACAAACCCGUUCCUCCAAAUACCCCUUUUCAUCUCACCUAUGCUUCCACCAUUAAGAUCGGUGAAGUCACUUCCAUCCGAGUCAAUUUCAUCAACUGUUAAAUUUAGGGUUCAUGAAGAUGGAAUGUUGAAUGGUGAUUAUGAAUCUGGUGGAAUUGUAGAUCGACCUCAACCGAUGAAGGUUACGAGGAAUACGCGGAGCAGGAACGUUGUUUCUGAUUCUACUCAUGUGUAUUUGGAUGCUGCUGUAGAAUCUAAGAAUGUGAGGGUGUCGAGGAAUUCGAAGAAUAAGAAGAAUGCAGUUGAGAUUUGUGAUAAUGGGGAUAUGGAGGGUGUGGAAGAAGUGAAGAAGAAUGUGAGGGUGACAAGGAAUUCGAAGAACAAGAAGAAUACAGUUGAGGUUUGUGAUUCGAGUAAUGGGGAUUUGGAGGGUGUCAAAGAGAAGGUGGAGGAAGUGAAGAAGAAUGUGAGGGUGACAAGGAAUUUGAGGAAUAAGAUGAAUAAAAUGGGGACUUCUGAAUUGAGUGUUGGGGAUUUCGAUGGUGUGAAGGAGCCGAGGAAUGUGAGGAUGACAAGGAACAUGAAGAAUAAAGGGGUUGUGAUUGGGGAAGAUUUGAGCUUGGGGGAUGGAGUGGAGAAUGUUGAGAAUAAGAAAACGAGGGGUGGUGCUAAGGGGAAGAGGAAAUUGCGGGAAGAGAUUGUUGGUGAUGGAGAUGGUAAAGAGAAUUGUCAUGAUGCUCAAGAAACGGAGAAAUUGGAGGAAGAGUGUGUUGGUGAUGGAGAUGGUAAUAAAAAGGACAAGUUACCAGAAGGGCAUGUUGGUGAUGGAGAAGAUAAAGAAAAGAACAAGUUAACAGAAGAGCACGUUGAUGAUGGAGAAGAUAAAAAAAAGGAGAAAUUACAGGAAGAGUGUGUUGCUGGUGAAGAAGAUAAAGAGAAGGAGAAAUCACAGGAAGAGUGUGUUGGUGAUGGAGAUGGUAAAGAGAAUUGUGAUGUGAAUGAAAAGGAGAAUUUGAUUGGGGAUGAGAAUUGGCCUGAUUUGGAGAAGAUUAGUUUAGGUGAGUGGUUUGAUUUCUUGGAAGUUUGUUUGCCGAAACAGAUACAUGAUGAAACGAAAGAGAUCAUUGAUUCCAUGAGACAAAAAGCCGAGGGACUCCGCGAGUACGUCAUAAUGUAUCAGAAUCAGCAAGCUGGAACUGCCACUGAAUGCUAGUAUAUGUAGUUAACUGAUAGUUAUUUCAGCAUUAGCACCAAUGUUGUCAGAUAGUUAGAUUUUGUUAACUGAAUGACUUUUUAGUUAGCACUCUUUUGUUACUCUCUCCAGAAUAUAUUGUUUGUACCUCUAUUAUUGCUUUUAGUGAAGUAACUGAAAUUUACAGAAACUAUUGUUUUCUCCCUUACAUCUUUCAAUGCUGAUUCUCCUUGUCAAUAACAAUUUUACAUCCUUGUUGGUGUUACAAGUUUGGUUCACUUUUUAGUUUGUAUUAUUACGAGUGUACACUAACAUAAAGCAUGGUCUCGAUCAAUUUAACUUGAAUUCAACUGCUGUAGCCUCUUAGAAUAGGUAAACUGAUCAUAUAGAUCGAUAGUGUGAUUGGUGGUAAGUUUCAAGCAUUUGGGGUUCCAUUUCUCUCUAAUUUGCUUGCUGGGUUCUGUUUCUAAAUCAUUUCAGCCAUCCACAAUCUUCUUUCAUGAUUGUGUUGCUUGAUUUGUGAUCAAUCUAUUAUAGUGAUAAGUUCAAAGGAGAAUCGUGAGAUUGAGAGUGAGAAGAGAAUCCCGCAUCAAAGAAAGUUAAGAAAAAUUGUGGGCGUGUGAUGCACAAGGCUUUUGCAAUAUGACAACAUAUGGAAGAAAUGUUCGGAGGUUUUCUAUAUGGGCUCAGGCUCAUUGUGUUACCAAUCUGUUAACUCGAUUUGCUUCGGCUACAUUGGUGUGCUAUCAUAAAAGCUAGAACAUGAGAUAUUUUUUAAGUGAUGCAUGCCUCAAUUGCAGGGUUUAUGUUAGUUUUAAUAGUUUGUUCAAUUGUAUUGGAGCAGCUCAAAUACGUCAAGCAUCUGUAUCAAAUUCGAAAUCUCACUUAGGUAUAGCGUUUUUCUCUUGCCUAUAUUCCCUAUUUUGUGAUAUCACAAAAUUUGACCGAAUUCAGUCCCAUUUUCUUCCAGAUUUUCAGGUUGUCUCUUAUCCAUGCAUUCAUAUCCUGUAACUUGGUUUUCUUUUUAUGGAUUUUGGUUGAGUACUUAUUUGUGUGGAUUUAUUGUUCCCAGGCUUGCUAAUAUUGUUUUGUGAAAUGUAAUUUUGGUUGCUGUCUGUUUUCUAUGGCUAUUGUUUUUCAUAUCCUCUCAAGGUGAGAGGAAGGAACUAUAGUGCCUUCCUCUUAUUUGGAGUUAUCUUCUUUUUGACGACAAAAACUCUGAUAUUCUAAAAUACAAUACAUUUAUUAUGUGAAACUUUAUGCAGUUAAUUUGAUUUUACAAACCAUUGUUGUCAGUUUAUUGCAUGCUGCUCCCAUCACAUAAAUAAGGGUCUGGAAGGUCAAAUACAAACCUCAAUUGUAAAUGCUACAUAUUAUGCAAGAGCAGCACAUUCAUUCAAUUUGAGCAGCAUGAGGUUAGUAUCAAACUCUUACUCUUUCGACAUGCAUAUCAAAUAGUUUGAAGCUUUCUAUUUAUAGUUUGAAACUCUUAUUCUUCCAAAACACAAGCUAAGGUUAAAAGUAGGUGUUCCAAUUAUGAUGUUGAGGAAUAUUGACCAGACACUGGGGCUAUGUAAUGGAACACAACCGGUCAUUACAAAAAUGGAGACAUAUGUUAUAGAGGCACAAGUUAUAUCAUGGAGGCAUAUUGGUCAUAAAGUUUUCAUCCCACAAUUGUCAUUGACGCCAUCAGAUGAGAGGAUUCCUUUUAAUUUUCAGCGUCGACAAUUUUCGUUAUCUGUUUCGUUUGCCAUGACCAUUAACAAGAGCCAAGGACAAUCCCUUAAUCAUGUUGGGGUAUAUCUUCUGCAUUCAGUGUUUUCUCAUGCUCAGUUAUAUGUUGCCAUGUCCAGAGUUACUUCAAGAAAUUGGUUGAAGAUAUUGUUGAUUGAUGAAGAAGGCGAUGAUAUAGAUGUAACCUCUAACGUAGUUUACAAAGAGGUGUUCGAAAUGUUUAUCCUCUUAUAUUGUAAUGAAGUUGACAUAUAUUUUAUGGCGUUUUUAUUGAA